AUGACGCCAGCAACAAAAAAGGCUAAAACAAUAAAUGACUUUUUUCAUGUGAAGGAAGAAGAUGACUUAGAUACUAUACUUGCGAAAAUGACAGCAGUAGAUGGUGUACCAUUUAAAAUAUUCUGUUCUUCGGAAUCAAUGAGAAAGCUAUUUGGAAAAGCUGCUUACAAAGAUUUGCCUAAAUCACCAAAUACAAUAAAGAAAAAGGUUCUGAAUAAAAGUGAGCUACUGAAAAAAGAAUGCGCUGUCCUGGACGUGCUAUACAAAGCUGAUAACACAGAAGGUAACACCGGCAUCACUGUUAACAGACCUUGCGAUAGCUCUGACUCUGAGGACGAAAGUGAUAUAGAGAACGAAGAUAAAAAUCGUUUUGUCACCGAAGCUGACCCCAGUGGGGUCAUUCCCAAGCUGGUUUAUAAAGAAUUGAUAACUAAAGUCCGGAAAAUAGUAAAAUUUCUCAAAGGUUCGCCUACUCGCAUGGAUAUACUCAAUUCUUACCUGGAGUCCAAAUCUAAAGACACGACACUGAUCCUCGAUUGCAAGACUCGUUGGAGCAGCCUUGCUGAUAUGAUAGCAAGAUUUCUAGAAUUCAAAGACGCAAUUGAAAAGACAUUAAUUGAUCUCAAAGAGAAGACUACCUUUUCAGAUACUGAAAUAUUAAUUUUGAAAGAUAUGUCUAGUUCUCUCAAUUUCAUAAAGGCCAUAGUUGAAGAACUUUGCGAGCGAAAAUCAAACUUACUAAUCGCAGAAAUUGCACUUCAAUUCAUGAUGGAAAAAUUGGCGAUGAAUCCAGACGUUAUUAGUGGCCAGCUUAAAGAAGCUUUAAAUAGAAGAAUCUUGCAGAGGAGAAACGCUACACUGGUAAGUACGUUACAGUACUUACAUAAUCCUACAAAAUAUUAUGACGAAAGGAAUACUCCUCAUGCAUUUUCAAAGGAAUCCCAUGCGGAAAUAAUAGCCUUAAUUGUAAAAAUCAAUGAGACUUAUUUUUGCAAAGAUAAAGCUGCUACAACUGUCUUUGAAGCUGAAGAUGGCCUGCCUUUAAGAGAAAUACAAAGACAGCAGCGCCUUGAAGAUGAGAGGGAACAGGAGACAGCCAAGACAUUCAAGGAACAGUUAAAGACAAAAGUUAAUGAAUCCUUGCACAAUACUGCUGAGGUGAAAAACCUUUUUCGUGUCGUGUCUGUCAAUAUAGAUGUAUUACAAAAGGUGGUUUGCAAAGUCAUAUGA